AAACACUGAUGUUGUUUGAAGUCUGAGAAAACUAGGAGUGUAUAAAAGUGAGAGCACCUGCUAGAUGACCUCCUUGUACAAGGUAGACAUGGGCAAAGUACUGUUUGUGACGGCUCUGGCCCUGCUGCUGCACGCGCAGCUUGGCUCAUCCUUCAUACUGUCAUGCUACUUCACAAACUGGGCGCAGUACAGGCCACCUCCGACCAUAUAUAUGCCCACUGACAUCGACCCAUGCCUGUGUACCCAUCUCCUGUACGCCUUUGCCACCAUCAAGAACAACGAGCUGGCCACCUACGAGUGGAACGAUGUGGAGCUCUACAGUCAGUUCAACGCCCUGAAGAACAAGAAUGGCGAACUGAAGACUCUCCUGUCUGUUGGAGGGUGGAACUUUGGCUCUGCAGGGUUUUCACAAAUGGUGUUGAGCUCUGCCAACCGUCAGACCUUCAUCAACUCAGUCAUUUCAUUCCUGAGGAGAUAUGAGUUCGAUGGACUUGACAUUGACUGGGAGUAUCCAGCCAACAGAGGAGGCUCUUAUCAGGACAAGCAGUACUACUCGGUUUUCCUGGAGGAGAUGAGAGCCGCCUUUGAGAAUGAGGCCAAGCAGAGCAACAGGGCUCGUCUGCUGAUGUCUGCUGCCCUGUCGGCUGGAAAGGGCACCAUUGAUUCUGCUUAUCAGAUUCCCAAGCUUGGCCAGGCCCUGGAUAUGUUGAACAUCAUGACAUAUGACUUCCACGGCUCUUGGGACCCCAUCACUGGCGAGUGCAGUCCCCUGUUCAGAGGCCCCGCGGACCAGGGUAGCCUCAUCUACUUCAACGUUGACUAUGCCAUGAACUACUGGAAGAGCCAGGGAGCCCCAGCCGAGAAGCUGAUUGUUGGUUUCCCCACAUAUGGCAACACAUUCACUCUUAGGAGUCCUGCCAACAACGGUGUCGGAGCAUCUAUCGCUGGUGCUGGAACUCCAGGAAAGUACACACAAGAGGCUGGAGAGCUCGCUUACUUUGAGAUCUGCGGCUUUUUGAAAGACGGAGCCACCGAGGUUUGGAACAAGGCCCAGGAUGUGCCAUAUGCCUACAAGGGAAACCAGUGGGUGGGCUAUGACAACAUGAAGAGCUUCCAGAUCAAGGUUGACUGGCUGACAAAGAGUAACUUUGGAGGUGCCAUGGUGUGGACCAUCGACAUGGAUGACUACAUGGGCACUUUCUGUAACCAGGGAAAAUACCCACUGAUUAAUGUCCUCAAAAAGGGCCUUAAUCUGGAACAAGCAUCCUGCGCCCCUCCUGCCACUCGCCUCCCCCCAAUCGCAGGAGCGAGCACGACCUCCGGAGGCAGCUCUGGUGGCGGCUCCAGUGGAGGCGGCUCCAGCGGCGGCAGCUCCUCUGGCGGGGACUCGGGCACCAGUGGCAUGGACAGCAAGUUCUGCGUCGGGAAAGCCAACGGCAUGUACCCCGACCCAACAGACAAGAACCAAUUCUACAACUGCAGCCAAGGCCAGACCUACUUCCAGAACUGUGCUGAGGGUCUGGUCUUUAACACUGCCUGUUCUUGUUGCAACUGGUCCUAAAGCUGAAGUUACAGAUUUACUGUUCAAAGGCUGGAUAACUGUUUUACAUUUGUUCUCAGUUCUCAACUUCUCUGAGUACAAAGUCCUUCCUUCCACACUGGAUGUGUAACCGUGUAAAACCUGAGGCUGUCCUCUCUUGACUAGUUGAUUUUGAAAGCAAAGAAAAUAAACAUUUGAAUUGUUGCA